AUGGCUAGUCCUACGGGACGUGUAGUGGUCCCGCGUAACUUUAGACUUUUGGAAGAACUCGAACAAGGACAAAGAGGCGGAGGUGAUGGAACAAUAUCUUGGGGGCUUGAAAAUGAUGAUGAUAUGACAUUAACUCAUUGGACUGGAAUGAUUAUUGGGCCCCCGAGGACUCCCUAUGAAAACAGAAUGUACAGUGUUAAGAUUGAAUGUGGACAAAGAUAUCCAGAAGAUGCUCCAUCGGCAAGAUUCAUUACUCGGAUUAAUAUGACUUGUGUUAAUAAUACUACAGGCCAAAAUGAACAGUCAAGGGCAUCAGAUUCAGAAAAAGCGGUAGUGGAAGUACCAAUAGGAGACCUACCUGCUAGUGGAUCUCAGUACAUUAUGGCAUCAAGGGAUGACCCAUACCAACAUUAA